AUGAAAUUCACCGCAACGCUGGUCCUUGCGACUCUCUCGCUCUCCCUCCACGCCGCCGCAUCCACCUCGUUUGCUCCGCGAGCAGACAACGUCACGAUCACCAAUGCCAAUGUUACGACCGCUACCAACGCGACUGACGGACUUGAAUAUGACUGCGACGUUGAAGUAGAAGGGGAGGAUGAUGAGGGGGAUUGCGAGGAUGAUGAUGCUGCUGGUUUGGCAUCCAACGCGACGUCCUCUUCGGUCUCGGCGUCCAUGACCUUUUCGGCUUCGGCUUCGGCGUCCACCUCUCUCCAGGCGUCCAUGAUCUCCUCGGCUAUCUCUAUGCCCCUCCCUAGCAACGUCCACGCCGCUGUCCCGGAGGUUGACGACGAGGACCUUGAGGAUUGCGAGGAUGAGGAGGACGAGGCUGCCCCAGCACCAGCUGCGCCCACUCCGUCGCCCUCUCCUUCGCCCGCCGCGCCCGCUCAGGCCAAGCCCGAGUACCAGAACGCCGCGGUCCAGCCCAGCGGGUCGGUCGUUGCGGGUGUUCCCUCCCAGGCCCCCGCCGCGACUCCUGCUCCGGUCCAGCCAGGUGCUGCUCAGGAUGCUGGAUGUGCCGGAGCGACCACUGUCUAUGUGACCGUCACCGUCACCGCACCGUCCGCUCCCGGCUCUACCGGUCAGGCUCAGGCUGCCGCGCCUCAGCAGGCCAACAACGGCAACAACGGCAAUGCCCCCGCGCCCGCUGCCCAGCCUCAACAACAACAGCAGUCCUCUCCCCAGCCCGCUGCUCCCCAGCCCGCCGAGGACGAUGAUGAUGAGAGCCUCCCCUGGUGCGACGAGGAAGAGGACGACUACACCCCCGCGCCCGCUGGCCCCCUUGCCCUGGGCGCGGCCAAGCCGUCUCCCUCUGCUGUCCAGCCCGCCCCGUCUGACGCCAACACUAAGCCCGCCCCAGCAGACGCCAACACCAAGCCCGCGCCCCAGGCCGAGGACGAGGAGUACUAUGACGAUGAGGACUGCGAGGAAGAUGAGGAGGAGGAGCAGACCAACUCUACUGCCCAGAAGGCCGCUGUGACUUCUUCGGCAUCCGGUUCCCUCUCCAGCUCGUUGUCGGCUGCUAUGAGCGCAUCUGCCUCCAGCGUCUCUGCCGCGUCUGCCAGUGCUACCUCGACCGCCAGCGCCUCAAGCGCAUCCGUCUCGUCCGCAUCUGCAGCCGCAGUCAGCGCUAGCCUGUCGUCCUCCGUCUCCGCGUCCGCGUCAUCCGCAUCCGCAUCCGCCUCGGAGGCAUCCAGCAUCGGCGGAGCCCUCCUCGCCAGCGCGUCCUCCUGGUCCGCCUCGGCCACCGCGUCCGCAUCGUCCGCCAGCGCCUCGUCCUACUCCGCGUUCGGAGCCUCCUCCUUCUCCGCCUUUGAGGCCCCGGCUUCCGCCUCAGCCUCGGCGUCGGCUUCCGAGUCCGCUGCUGCUGCGGCUUCGUCAGAGUCCGCUUCGGUCUCGUCCUCCUCCUCGGCUGCCGCGGUCACCAUCACCGCCGGCGAUGCCAUCCCCACUCCGCGCAAGCGCGCCAUCUUCUGGAGGGGUUAG